CGGAGCCAUAUCGAUCUUCCUCCUGGUUUCCCUUAGCUUUACGUGGGUGGAAAAUAAAUAUCAGCCCCUCUCAUACGGGCGAGAGUAGUCCCAAGUGAAACGCGCGGACAUCUCGAGCGACGUGUGUGUGUCGUCGAUCGAUCGUCCGAGCUGGAUUGUCACUAUGUGAACUAUGUUGAACGCGGUCUGCGCGCCCGGCGAUGACGGACCACGCGUGAGGCUACAUCACUAUGUUACUACAUCCGCGCGCCGUGUCGCCGCCCGUUCUCCACGCGUGACCGAGGUGACGACGAGGACGACGAUGUAGCCGUCCGCGGGACGACGACAACGUGCCACGCACGACGUGCCGGUGGCUGGGAGUGGAAGGUCGCGCACUUGAUGCGAUGUGAGGUUCGUCAUGAACCACCCCGCGACCCGGGACCCGUUUGGCUCCAGGUCGCCGGGAUGCUCCUACCACACGUGGACCCCGCAGGUCGGUCCACCAUGCAGGAACUGCCAGAGGCCGGUCUUGAGCCUGCAGCCUUGCUUGCCGCGACGCCCAGCGCUCUACUCGUAUCCGUCCGUCCGAGAGCCGGAGCGCCGUCACGAGUGCCACCCGGAUUUCCAUCAAGAACGCCACCCGGAUUACCUUCAGGAUCAUUACCAAGAGUAUUACCAGGAGUACCAUCGGUACGAACGUCCUCGACGGCAGCGGUCGUUCGAGGCGCUGUCGCCGCGUCGUCGCGACGUUGACAUCGCCGACGGCCGGCCGGCUUCGAAUCCUUACUACCACACUCAUCCGCCGCCGAGCUCGUCGACCGGUUAUCCCACUUAUCCCCUUAACAGAUCGGCCAGCGUGGUCCGCCUGGGCUCGCCCGGUGGAUCGCUCGGCCAACGCUCUCCGGGAGCGCGCGUCGCGAAGCCGCCCGGUCUUGAACAGUCCCACCGAUGGAUCGGCGAGGAGACCAAGAGAUCCUUACCGUUGCACGUCUACAAAUAUUAUCUCGCGCACACCAAGGAGUACCACCGGCAAAAUAUCAAGGUAAUUAACGCUCGUUCGCGAGGUCAACGAUCGGCCGACGUGGAAGAAGAUUAAUUAACCCGGAUAGUC